AUGCACGACGCACUGCCCAAGAUUCGCGUUACAGACCCGCAUAGCCGCGACUCGGUGCCGCUGAGCGCGUCGCCCGCCUCGAACGAGCCAUCGCCUUCGCCGCACGACGUGAGCGACGAGGAGCGCUGCGUGACGCCCGUGUCAGUGCGAUCCAAGUCGAGCGGCAAGACGUCCCCGACGAAGCCGCAGCGCGUAGCCGCAACAUCCGCGCCGUCGGGUGCCUCCAAUGCCAGCGCCAGCAAUGGCCAACCCACCUCCGAAGCCAGCGGCAAUAAUAAUAAUAACGGCGAAGUUGACCGAGCGCCAAUCGACCCCCUAUCGCAGCAAAUCUUCAAGCGCACCCAGACCUCGCAAGACGUGCUCCAGAAGCUCCGCCCCACGGCCGAUGAUGCCUCGUCCACCGCGCGCCCCUUCGCCGGCGACGGCUCGCAAGGCCCCAAGCCGGUCAGGGACGCGAACCGCAGCGAUGCCGUCUCGCUGGCCCCGUCGAAGAAGAAGGGAGUCUCGUUUCUGAGCCGCAUCAUUGGAAAUAAAAAGAAGCACGAGGACGAUUCCUUCCCCGAUGAUGCCGCGAGCGACACCAGACCCGAAGGCAUGGACGCCGAACUCUUCUCCCAACCCAUCGACAGUAGCAUCGGCUACCAGCCGCGCCACCCCCAGCCACCGGGCUACAUCAAGAUCCGCUCCAAGUUCAAGAAGGAGCGCGAGUUCGACCGCACCUUCUUGGCUCAACAACUGCGCACCAAUCAACCGCCCGCUCAAGAUGCUGAGCGACCGCCGUCAAGCUCCGGCGCCAGUGUGAGGAACAACACGACCGCACCCCCGAGGACGAGCAACGUCAACGAGCGGCCCGUUUGGGCUCUGGAGUUCAGCAAAGACGGCAAGUACCUGGCCGCCGGAGGCCAAGAUGGAGUCCUCCGCGUGUGGGCUGUCAUCUCGAACCCAGACGAGCGGACCGCACACGAGAUCUCCGAGGCGGGAACGCAGAAGGACGGGGAAGCACUGCAUGUGAAUGCACCCGUGUUCCAGAACAAACCCUAUCGGGAAUAUAUCGGCCACGAGUCCACCAUUCUGGACCUGAGCUGGAGCAAGAACAACUUCCUUCUGUCCUCGUCCAUGGAUAAGACCGUACGCCUGUGGCACAUCAGCCGUUCCGAGUGUCUCUGCACCUUCAAGCACGCCGACUUCGUCCCAUCCAUCCAGUUCCACCCGAAGGAUGACCGCUUCUUUUUGGCGGGGUCCCUCGACAGCAAGCUGCGUCUCUGGAGCAUCCCCGACAAGACUGUCGCGUUCUGGAAUCAGUUGCCGGAGAUGAUUACCGCCGUUGCCUUUACGCCAGAUGGUAAAACUGCGAUCGCGGGGACGCUCAGCGGGCUCUGUAUGUUCUACGAUACGGAAGGCCUCAAGUAUCAGACCCAAAUCCAUGUAAAGUCAUCACGCGGCAAAAAUGCCAAAGGCAGCAAAAUCACAGGGAUUCAGGCCAUGCACGUCGGCGCUGGGGCGACUCUUGGCGACAUUAAGCUGCUGAUCUCGAGUAACGAUUCGCGAAUUCGGCUGUACAGCUUCCGUGACAAGGGUCUUGAGAUCAAGUUUCGAGGCCAGGAGAACAACUACAGCCAGAUACGAGCGAGUUUCAGUGACGAUGCUACAUAUGUCAUCUGUGGAAGCGAAGAUCGCAGAGCUUACAUCUGGUCAACUGGACCAGGCGACGGCGAAAACAGGAGCCAACGACCGGUUGAGAUGUUCGACGCGCACAACGCCAUAACGACAUGCGCGAUCCUCGCCCCGACAAAGACGCGUCAAUUGCUCAGCAAUUCCGAGGAUCCUGUGUACGACCUUUGCAACCCGCCGCCGGUCACGCUCGUGAGCAGGACCGAAUCCCGAUCAUCAAAACAAGCGUCCGAGGCUGGUAGUCUGCAGGGGACUCCCAUGAGCGUAAAGAAGGCCGAGGGCACGCCCGCUUACAUGGCACGCUCAGCGCAUCCCGACGGACAAAUCAUCGUAACAGCCGACUACCAGGGUAACAUCAAAGUGUUCCGCCAAGACUGUGCACACAGCAAGCGUAAGAACGUGCCGGACAACUGGGAUACAUCGUCGGUAUUUUCACGGAGAACAGCGGGAUCUGGAGUGCGGCGAAGCAAUUCCACCAAAACACGGGCAAGCAGCAAGCGGCGCGAUUCGACGGCUACAACAGCAACGACGGGCACGGACCGCAUCUUGUCGUGGCGACAGGAUAUCUCAGGCUCGAGUAGCAUCAAAAGCGGGAAAGCAGGAAAGGGUGACCGUAGUGGAUCUCCGAGCAAAUUUUCCAUGGUCUCAUCAGCUAAAUCAUCAAAGGCGCAGCUUCCCGACAUGCCUCCAUUACCGCAUCGGACGAGAGACAGCACCCCGUCAAUCAACGUAUCGGACUCCCCGCCAAGACCGAAGACAUCAGGAGGGGCUCUGGCAUCUCAGUCGCAGCCGCAAUUACCGUCGAGCAGUGACAACCCGAUGUGGCUCCACGGCGAUAAGUCAUUCGCGUACUACAACAAGGACGCUUGGCGCAGCCAGCUGGAGCACUCUAGAUUACAGCCAUCACCAACGUUGGCCAAAUCGGUCAGCUACGUGAGUAGGUUGAGCAGCGAGGAAAGCAGUGUGGAAGGGGCAGGAGAGGGGACGGAAUGCAAGAAGUGUGGGUGCAGGAAGUUCAACACAAAGGACUCGGGCAAGACCCGUAUCUCGGUCUGCACGAACUGUGGGAAGGCGGCACCUUGA